AAACUUCAGAUUCCCCCACUUCUCUCUCUCAUAUACACACCUGUAACAUUGUAGAAACACACCAGGCUCCUCAUUUUCUUGUGUGGCAGGCUUAAUUAAUUCUUCAGCCAUGUCCAGCUUAAUUCAUAAGGGCAUUCUCAAAACUGAAGCCCUCACAAAGUAUAUAUUGGAAACAAGUGCAUAUCCAAGAGAGCAUGAGCAGCUGAGAGGACUCAGGGAGGCCACUGUAGAAAAGCAUGAGUUUUGGAGCAUCAUGAAUGUGCCUGUUGACGAAGGACUGUUCAUUUCAAUGCUUUUAAAGCUCAUGAAUGUCAAGAAGACAAUUGAACUCGGAGUUUUCACCGGUUAUUCUCUCUUGGCAACCGCUCUUGCCCUGCCUCAAGAUGGCAAGAUAAUAGCGGUUGAUCCAGAUAAAGAAGCGUACCAAAUUGGAGUGCCAUUUAUCAAGAAGGCAGGUGUGGAGCAUAAGAUCAACUUCAUCCAAUCGGAUGCAAUGUCAGUUCUAAAUGAUCUCAUCGCCGAUGGGAACGAAGAAGAGACAUUGGAUUUUGCGUUUGUGGAUGCUGAUAAGGAGAACUACCUCAACUACCAUGAGCUGCUGCUGAAGUUGGUUAGAGUUGGAGGCAUAAUCGCUUACGAUAACACACUAUGGUUUGGUUCAGUAGCGCGAUCUGAAGAAGAAGAAAUGAUGGAUUUUGAGAGAGCAGGCAGAGUCCAUCUCAUGAAGUUGAACAAAUUCUUGGCAUCAGAUCCCAGGGUUGAACUCUCUCACCUUUCCAUUGGAGAUGGCGUCGCGCUCUGCAGGCGCCUCUAUUAGCCUAAAUCCAUUCUCAUGAGGUUUAGGGUUUGCUCAUGGUGUUGAUUUUUCAAGGAAGUCUUUUGACGGAUUUGUACUUGUAUUUGUAUUUGAACUCAUGUCCAGACUCUGUUUUGGGAAUGAAUUUCUGCUUCAAGUUUAAA